AUGGAGGAGGAGGAGGAGGAGGAGGAGGAGGAGGAGGAGGAGGAGGAGGAGGAGGAGGAGGAGGAGGAGGAGGAAGAGCAGCAGCAGCAGAAGAAGAAGAAGAAGAAGAAGGCGAAUCAGCAGAAGAAGGAGGAGAAAAGGGAAAUACGAUGCGAACACAUAAUCCACAAAAAUAACAAUGGUCAAGCUAUCGGUUUCUAUUACAAGUUGAACUUGAGUCCAUACACAGAGGAACAACAGGGAACUGUGCAUACGGACUAUGAGCCUGAGAGCCAGACUGACCAUUCAUCCGACCGUCAAGUCGCCUUUCUAUCGCACAGGAUUAAAGGGAGUGAUGAUGAUGAUGAUGAUGAUGAUAAUAAUAAGCAGGAGGAGGAGGAGGAGGAGGAGGAAAUAAACCAACAUCGAAAUAUUCGUACUACUUUGUGA